AUGUCGUCUGAAAAGAUUGAUAUUUCCGAUCUUCCCUUUGAGCUAUACGACGAAAUAUUCUCCUGCUUUGAAGACGAUUUACGAUCCCUCUACUCAUACCUCCAGGUGAAUCGUUCUUGGUGUCGGAGAGUUGUCAAAUACAUUUGGCGUUUUCCAUUCCCUGAUGAUUACAAUCGAAGAAGAUGUGACAUCCAGGUUCUCUUUCCCUUGUUCAACAACGAAGAAAUCUCCAUCUUAACCGAUGUUGGAAUCAAUCUACCAACAUCGCAAGAACCAUUGUUCAACUAUGCAUCAUAUGUAAAGGAGAUAAAUAUCAUCGGCAUGGCAUUCGGUGCGAAGAAAUGGAUUAGCACACAGACUUCCGUCAAAUUAGAUAUGGACACCGUUUCGACCAUGGUGAUGGCCCUAUCAACACUACUCUUGAGAAACACCAGUAAGAUAAAGAGUUUAACGUUGUUCGAACAGUUUGGAUUUCGCGAUUUUCUUGACUCGAUGAUACUCAAUGAUGCCCCAUCACGGUUUAAAUUCGUCAAUCAACUCACGAUCUGUCUAAAAUACAACUCAUUCAACACUUUGAUCGACGAAAAAUUGAAUUUAUUGCCUGACUUAUCCAAGAAUUGCACAAAUAUCAAACAUCUGACCGUGUCUAAUUUCAAUAAAAAUGAUUACAAACGCUUUGACUACGUGAUAUCUUUCCUUCGGUCGCAAAAAGAAAUAUCGAUAUGUCGGUUCUACCGUCUCGAAUUCGAUUUCACGUCAACCUUUAAGAGUUUGAUAUUACCACUUUUCAAUUCCUUGAGAGUUCUCGUGCUCCAUAAUCUUUCGCGUCAAUUUCGACUAGGGUUCUUAUAUCUGUUUCCCAAUUUAGAAGCUCUGGUCAUCAGGGCAGAAUUCUACCUGCCGGUGGAGGAUUCCGAGGAUUGGAAAAAGUUUAUGCAAGCUCCCAGCAAUAUCAAAUCGCUUAAUCUCGCUGGUCUACCCGAGGAAAUUACUGUUGAUCUUAUAAAGAAGUCGAACGCAAAAUUGAAAUGGCUGACCAUGGAAUCAAUGCCAACAGAAGUCCUUGAGACAGCGAUUUGUUUUUGCAAGAACAUAACCCACCUGACGUUAAGGUAUAUGAAAAUGGAUAUCUUAAAGAUUCCAAAGAUGCUCAAUAGUUUACACCACCUCUCGAAUUUCACGAUUGAUCCCUGGGAUCAUGAUGCAACGGGGUUCGUGGAGGAGUUGUCGAAAUUGGAACUGAAGCACCUGAGGUAUCUGGAUUUGGUCCUUCACAUUAGACCAGAAACAUUUAAAGUAUUUUUGAAGAAUGUAAAGUUUCCGCUAGAGGUGUUGAUAAUGAAGGGUUAUAAGUUUCUGGAUGGACACGUGGAAAUGCUGAUGGAGUAUGUGGACAGGCAAAAAGUUGAUCAAAGGUUCAGGUGGCUGGGAUUAGUGACGAUGAGACCGAAGGAGGAUUGGAAAAACAAAUUUCUCAUGGAGAAAGUUGAGAUGGCGAAAGGAAAAUUUGGUGUGCUUCCGGCGGAAAAAGCUAGAAUCUCGGAGGGAUGGGAGAUCAAGAGCCUAUUUUGA